CUUGUUACUUGGCUCUUUUGCAAUAUCUCUCUGUCUCGAGUUCGCCAGAGAGAGACAGAGUGAGUAUGGCGACCACACUUCAUUGUCUCUCCACACUUCAUCUUCUUCCUCGCUCCCAUCACCCUAAAACCCUAAACUCUCUCAAACCAAUCACCAAAUCACAACCAUGCAAAAUCCCGGAUAUACCUUCGAGUCCCGACGCUCUCCAACUCCUUAAAUCUUCAUCUCUCCCUCUCGCAGUCAUCGCAUUGCCUUUAUUUCUCGAUCCACAGGAUGCGGCAGCAGUUGGAGGAGAGUUUGGGAUCUUGGAAGGGAGAUCAUUUGCGUUGAUACACCCAAUCGUGAUGGGAGGUUUGUUCGCGUACACUCUAUGGGCUGGUUACUUAGGUUGGCAAUGGAGACGUGUCCGCACGAUACAGAGUGAGAUUAGUGAUCUCAAGAAACAGCUUAAACCAACUCCUGUUUCUCCUGAUGGAUCCACAGCCGUUGAUUCUUCGUCUCCUCCUUCUGCGACUGAGCUUCAGAUCAAACAGCUGACGGAAGAGAGGAAAGAGUUGGUCAAAGGGUCUUAUAGAGACAAACACUUCGACGCUGGCUCUGUUUUGUUAGGCUUUGGUGUUUUGGAAUCUGUCUUUGGUGGACUUAACACUUAUCUUCGUACCGGUAAACUCUUCCCCGGUCCUCAUCUUUAUGCCGGUGCAGGAAUAACGGUGCUAUGGGCUGCCGCGGCGGCAUUGGUGCCGGCGAUGCAAAAAGGGAACGAGACGGCGAGGAGUCUACACAUAGCGUUGAAUGCAGUGAACGUUCUUCUUUUCAUUUGGCAAAUCCCUACAGGUUUUGAUAUCGUUCUUAAGGUCUUUGAGUUCACUAAAUGGCCAUAGAUCCCAUAUUUUGGGGGAUGUGGUAUUAUGAGUCUUGACUGAAUUAUAUAUGCAACUUUUGUCUUUUUGAGGUUUGUAAAUGAUGAAUUGUAAAAAUCAUGCAAAUUAGAGUGAAUGUUAGAAUAAUGGUGGUUCAGUAAUACUCUUCCUUUCACAUGGUACUGUUUCAGAGUUUUUGUAAUGAUUUUAAUGUACAAGGAAUCUAGUCAUUUGGUUCAUGUUGAAAAGAUUAUUUUCA